AUGAACAUCAAUUCCAUCCUCAAACAUUUCGUGCAGGACCCGGAGAUCUCCAGGUCAAAUAUGGCACAAAGUAACGCUAUCAUCGCUGGUAAAAUUGCUUUACAUUUCUUUGAUAGCUCUAUACCAUUAAAGGAUGGAUUGCAGCCUGUUGUGGGAGAACAUGCUGUUGACAUGGCUUUCGCCAAUUUUAUUUCUGACUAG